GUUCCGGAAGCUCUGCCAUCGUAUUAUCAAUGCAACUACUUUCACCAACAUCAUCCUCCUCUUCAUCUUACUGUCAUCUGUUUCUUUGGCUGCUGAGGAUCCCAUCGACCCCAUGUCCUUCAGGAACCAGGUGUUGGCCUAUGCUGAUAUAGUCUUCACUUCAGUGUUCACAGCGGAAAUUGUGCUCAAGAUGACAACAUACGGUGCCAUUCUUCACAAAGGGUCUUUCUGCCGGAACUCUUUCAACAUAUUGGAUCUUCUGGUGGUCAGUGUAUCUCUCCUGUCGAUGGGCAUGGAAUCCAGUGCCAUCUCAGUGGUGAAGAUUUUAAGGGUGUUAAGGGUGCUCCGGCCCCUGAGGGCCAUCAACAGAGCCAAGGGACUCAAGGCAUGCAGUGUCUAUGAAUAUACAUGCAGUCUUAAAAACGGCCUCAAGCUGACAUGA